UACUUCUCCCUUUCAAGCCAGCCAGCCAAUAUCUCGCGUCUGUCUGCGCUUUCAUCCGGGUCUUGGUCGUUCGCUAGGGAGGUCGCCAUAUUUUGCUUUGUGGAGAGGAAAACAGCCUAGUGGUUGUUUUCGACCCUGACAACUGCCAAGCUGGCUGAAAUGGCAUUGCGUCGUCCGUUUGAUCCUGCGGCACAUGAGUUGGAUCCCAAUUUCCGACUCACCAAAUUUGCUGACCUAAAGGGAUGAGGGUGUAAAGUCCCCCAAGAAGCUCUGCUCAAGCUUCUUGAGGGACUGCAACAGGAAAGCAAUGCCCAGGAUGCGGAGUCGCAAUUCCAAUACAUGGCGCCCGUUCCGAGGAUUGGCAUUGGAAUGGACGCAUCAGUCACGCCUCUGCGUCAUGGUGGUCUCUCAUUGGUUCAGACGACAGAUUUCUUCUACCCUUUGGUUGAUGACCCCUACAUGCAGGGCAAGAUUGCUUGUGCCAACGUGUUAAGUGAUUUAUACGCCAUGGGCGUAACAGAUUGUGACAACAUGCUGAUGUUACUGGGUGUCAGUAACAAGAUGUCUGAGAAGGAGAGGGAUGUCAUUGUCCCGAUGGUGAUGAGGGGAUUCAAGGACUGUGCUGAAGAGGCUGGAUCACAGGUGACUGGUGGUCAGACUGUCAUCAACCCAUGGAUGACCAUUGGGGGCGUCGCCACAUCAGUCUGUCAACCCAACGAGUACAUCAUGCCAGACAAUGCUGUGGUCGGGGAUGUGUUAGUGAUGACGAAGCCGCUGGGUACACAAGUAGCGGUCAACGCCUACCAGUGGUUGGACCAGCCAGAGAGAUGGAACCGCAUCAAGCUGGUGGUCAGCGAGGAUGACGUGAGGAAAGCUUACCAGCGGGCAAUGUUCAGCAUGGCAAGACUCAACCGAACAGCUGCACGCCUGAUGCACAAGUAUAAUGCCCAUGGAGCCACUGACGUCACAGGCUUCGGACUGCUUGGCCACGCCAACAAUCUUGCCAAAAUCCAGAAGAACGAGGUUGGGUUCGUCAUCCACAACCUGCCAAUCAUUGCCAAGAUGGCGUCAAUCAGCAAAGCAUGUGGAAACAUGUUUGGUCUGCUGCAAGGACACUCAGCAGAAACUUCCGGAGGUCUGCUGAUCGCACUACCCCGAGAGCAAGCUGCAGCUUUCUGCAAGGACAUUGAAAAACAAGAGGGUUACCAGUCCUGGAUUAUUGGAAUUGUUGAGAAAGGCAACCGCACAGCCAGAAUUAUAGACAAGCCACGGGUCAUUGAAGUGCCCGCCAAGGACCGUGAUGGGGAGUUGUGGUAGUCAUGGAAAUGAGGAAUAUUCUGCACAGCAUCAUUAUUUCAAUGCUUGUUCUCUGUAAAUAAUUUGCAAAGUAUUGAAAUGAAGGGACCUUAAAAUCGGUGGACAUUUGAUUUGCAUUUACUCUUGCAAGCAGCUAGCUGUGCAGUUCUUAAUAUCCCUUUUUUAUCCUUCUGCAGCAGUUUUAUCAAAAAGGUCAAGUUCGUGACACAUACGAGUUAAACAUUCCAUCACUGCAGUUUUAAGUUCGAAUACCCCAGCUCCAUCUUGUAUGUGAUAGCACAAGAAAUAUACAUUAUGGAGAGAUAUUUUAUACUUGAUUAACAGGUUACAGAUGUUUUCCUAAUUUGAAAGCGAAAUUGAUUUUUUGAUGAUAUUUUCUGUCAUUUACACUUCCUGUACUUGAACAGGUUUUAUGAAUACUUUUUAGAAUUGAUUGUUUCAUUGUCAUUGCUUCCAUGCUCGAGCCAAGUAGAUGUGAGCAAAUCCACUUGGUUUUCAGUGUGUAAAAGUUGUCAUGUCUAUCAGAUUCUCAUUCCUAUCUCUAUGAAGCUUGUCGGAGUAAUUCUUCUUCAAAGAUUCUGACAUGGCAGACCUCGAUAGGCAAUGACAGAGUGACUUACCAACUUUUUCAUUUCAUUAUCAUGUACACCAAAGAAAUAAGAAUAAAUCUUGUAUAUGUAA